UCGCGGGGCGGAGCGGGCGGGCGCUCAUUUCCUCCUUGGGCGCCAUUUUGUAGCGCAGAGAGUCCGCAAAUAAAGAGCGGGCGGGAGCGGCGCGCGGGGACGCGCGGCUGGGGGGGACGCGGCCGAGACCCCGGCUGCGGAGCGGAGGAACCGGCCGAGCCGGCGGCGGGCGAGGGAGGCGGCGGACGGGCCGGUGCGAGCGGCGUUCGGCACUCGAUGUGACGGGUCCGGCCCGGGCUAUCGAGCGAGCUGCCGAGAGAGCGGGCCUACGCACCGCCGGCGGGAGAGUUCACAAUGACGAAUGAAGAACCUCUCCCAAAGAAGGUUCGCCUUAGUGAAGCAGAUUUUAAGGUUUUACCUAGAGAUGAACUUAUCCUAAGGUGGAAACAGUAUGAAGCAUACGUGCAAGCUUUGGAGGGCAAGUACACAGACCUUAAUUCUAACGAUGUGACGGGAUUGAGAGAAUCUGAAGAGAAACUCAAACAACAACAGCAAGAAUCUGCCCGAAGAGAAAAUAUUCUGGUCAUGAGGCUGGCAACUAAAGAACAGGAGAUGCAAGAGUGUACUAAUCAGAUUCAGUACCUCAAGCAAGUCCAGCAGCCUAGUGUUGCCCAACUGCGAUCAACAAUGGUGGACCCAGCCAUCAACUUGUUUUUCCUAAAAAUGAAAGGUGAACUGGAACAGACUAAAGACAAACUGGAACAAGCCCAAAAUGAACUGAGUGCCUGGAAAUUUACGCCUGAUAGAGGCCUGACGGCGUCGGACUAUUCCGAAGAAAUUACCAUCUCCGAAAAAAAAUAUAUUUUCUAGAACACGUAGACAUUUGCAAAAUUGUUCUAUUUGAAGAAAAUAGAGGGAAAAACAGAAGUCUUAAGUCUGUGGCACACUGUGUCUACAGACAGUUUGGAGGAAAGAACCUAGAGAUUAUAAAUCAUGAAUUGAACAUGCAAAAUUCCCGUAAAAUGUAGAAGUGGAAUAUGCUUCGCUCUUAACCUUGAGCCUAGUGACUUAGAGACACUAAGUCAGUUUUCCAAUAAGACUGUGGACUUCCUGCUUGGUUCACUGAACUGCUGGGUCAAAACUCAAUGAGGUGAAUUUUGCAUUAAAGAGUUUACUUGCUAACCAGUUUUGAAUAGCCACGAGAGUGCUAUUUGAUAUCACGUCAGUGGUAGUGUACACAUUUGACUGUUAAGCAUUUGGGCUCUGUAACACCUGACGGAGCCUUAAGUCAAUGUUGCUAAAUAAUGAACUGUUCUGGAUGGUUGGUAAUGCUGUGGACGCCUCAAAAUUAGGACUGUACAAGAACGUACGUUCUAUCUAAUUGCAGGUUUAAAGUUGUUGGAAACAGUAUAUAUUUGAUCACAACUAGCGUGUAUAAGAAAAACUAGUUGUGAUAAGUAUUACACUGCAUGUUUUCAUGCAGAAAUGAGAUUUUUUUGAUCUUCUAUAUUAACUGAUCUCAAAUGCUCUAUAUGGAAGGCACACAAUGACAGCUGUCUUCAGUGUUGGUGGGGUGUUUUUAUUCCUUUGUACACCUGUUUUUUUUGUAUUGCACUUCUAUAUAAAAUGUGCCUUGAAAUAGUUGUAAUAUAUAGUUCAAGGAACACUAUUGGUUAUAUUGUUGUACUGUGAAACUCCUGGGACGAACGAGAAUCAACCAGGUUGUUGUUUCUGCAUUGUCUCGUUCUCUGAAUUAAAAAAAAAAAAAAGACACGAUUUUAACAAAGCACAAGAAGUUAAAUGCAUGCAUUUUCCUCGGUGGAAUCAGUGAAGGAACCUUUGCUACUCUAUUGAUGCUUCUGUUCUGUUGUCCCAAGUUAUUUGUAAGAGUAGCAACAGGGGACAGCUGGGAGUGCAGAUCUGAGGUGUGUAAAGUGAAAUUCAGAUUUGAUAUAGCAUUUGUAUAUUUAUUUUUUAUCUUGGCAAAUUGAGCUCUAGUAAACUUAAGGUUUUGAUUUUUCACGUCAGUUGGAUGAUAUUUUAUGACUGUCUGAUUCUAGAAAAAUGCAGUUUUAAGUUAAAAAAGAUUCAGCUGUCACAGAAGGUGAUGUAUUCUCUUUCAAUGAUUUUAACUAAGGUAAUGUUACAUAUUUUUAACUUAAAAUUAUCACCUGUGCAUUUGACGGAUUAAUAUGGGAUUGAAGAUUAGUGUACUUACGCAGAUUUAUUUUUUUGCAUGAGUAAUGAUUUAACAGCAAAGAAAAACAUCUAGGAAAACUUUAAGUGAUUCAUCUGGGAUUAUUUUGCUAUAGCAGAGUCUAAGAUUUUAAUGAUCUAGCAUCAAAACAGAGGUAAGACUUGCGUUAAUAAACUGUUAAUGUGUCGCCAA